AUGAUAAUAAUAGCCAUAUAGCAUUUAAUAAUUAAUUUUGUUAAUUAUAUGAAAAGGAUAUAGUUAAAAGCAAAAUAUAUAAUUCUUUUUCACAAAAGAAUGAUAUUGAAACAAUAUCUAAUACUGAAUAGAUAAAGCAUUAAAUUGUAGAUUUUAUUUAAAAGUAAUAAAAUUAAAACAUAAGAUAACAAAAUUUAAUCUUCGAAAAUAAAAAUGAUGAACAGAAAUUCAGCUAAAAUGAAUAAGAAUCUAGAUUGCCUAAUAAUUUAAUUCAAUAAAAUAGUGCAAACUAAUUUUAAAAUAAAAGUUACAAAAAUGAUUAAGCAGUAAACUAAAAUUAAGAUGGAUAAUAAAAUUUUAAUUAAAACUAAAGCUCUAUUAAACACAUUGAAAAUGUUUAAAUUAGUAACCAAAAUUUUAGAUAGGGAAACCUCUCAAAUUAAGAUCAAGAGUAAAAAUCUUAAAAUCAAAAAGAAUCUAUUGAAUAGCAACUUUAAAAUAAAUUUAAUAGAGAGCAAUAAAAUUAAAUAUAUUCUAACAACAACAAAUAGUUUGACAAUAUGA